CCGGCCGGUAGUCCUGACGGGAGUGUGUGGGAGUGUGCCACCUCAAACAGGUCCAACAGGUCGGACUGACCUUCAGGAUCUGGGUCCAUGCAGAUCAACACACACACAGCAGAUGCCUCAACAAGCUGCAACAUGACCUUCUCUCAGGGGGAAACCAGGUGUGCUGCACGGGACUGGGAGUGAAGCCGGACGGGGAUUCGAACCAAUGAUGGGUCUGUCGGCGGCCUCCAGACUGGAGAGCAAAGUGUCUUUAAGGAGUUUUUUUUUUUUUUCCUCUUUUGGAGCGGCUCUCUGGAGAUCCGGACUGCUGCUCUGCUUCCUGGGUUUCUGCGCCUGUGUGGAGGAGCAGUGUGUCCUCGGUGUGGUUGGACAGCCGGUCUCGCUGCCCUGCGUUCACCCCGGGCUGUUGACCUCUGUGAACGUCUCCAUCGAGUGGAGGAGAGGGGAGGAGGUGGUGCUGAGGUCGGUGUGGAGGGAGGACGGAGCUGUGGAGGAGUGGAGCAUCAACAGAGCCACGACCCCACCGGACGCCACGCUGACCGGAAACUUGUCCCUGCAGCUCCCCACGGUGGACCCCUCGGAGCACAACGUCAACUACAGCCUGAUCGUCACGUCAGGGGAGAAUCAAACCACCGAGCUGUGCACCGUGUGCCUCCGGACAGCAGCCAGUUUCAGCUCCCCAAUGCUGAGGAGGCUGGAGGCAGAGCCUGGAGGUGAGACGGCCUUCUGGUGUCACUCCAGCGGCGGUUUUCCUGAACCCAAAGUCUACUGGUUCAUCAACGACACCAACGACCCCCCCGACGGCUCGGUGAGGACGCUGGUGGCGGAGCUCCCAGACUCCCUUCUGUUCAACGUCACCAGCCGGCUGACGCUCAACGUCUCCGAAGGCGCCAGCGUGUCGUGCGUCGUAGAGAACCCGUCCACGAAAGAAAGCUUGAGGGCCACAAACUAUGGAGGGAAGGUGAAGGGCGGCCCCGUGGUGAAGAGCCGAGCCUCGGAUGCCAUGUGGAUCUUCAGCACGGCCCUCUGCACGGUGGUCGGGGUCAUGGUGUUGGUGGGGGUCGUCUACCAGAUCCACCUGGACCGCAUGAGCAAGAGGAAGAAGAAGGAGUUCCAAAAGGGUCAGAACAGAGGAUACAAAAGGAGGAGGCCGGUGGAGGAGGUGGAGGAGGAGGAGGAGGAGAAGGAGAAAGUGGCCAUGAAGCCGGAGAAAAAGGAGACCGACGUGUGA